CGAAGCUCCAAAAAAAAGAAAAGUAAAAAGAAUAAAAAAAAAUCUCCGUGUCAAAAACUUACCAGCAAUCAGAAAAUUCCAUCCUGUAUUCUCGUAAUACAACACAUCAUCAUUGAUGCAUUGAAGGUCCUACUACGGCUAGUCGUGCCCUCUCGGCAUAUAACCUCUGGUUGAUUGUUAUAAAUAUUUAAUAUUCAUUAUCUCUAACCAAUAUUUUGGCCGACCGUCAUUACUUUUCUCUCCAAGUCCGGAGUCCAAACUCCGAUUUACAUAUUCGUAUGUGACGAUGAGGUUUUCAAUUCUCUCGGUCAGCCUCCUGGCCGUCCUGACACCGCUGACUUCGGCGUGGACAAAAGAAGACCGCGAGAUCUUCCGCCUCCGCGACGAGAUUUCCCAAUAUGAGGGCCCUGAGGUGACUUUCUACGACUUCCUCGGCGUUACCUCUCGUGCGACCCAAGAUGAGAUCAACAAGGCAUACCGGAAGAAAUCACGAUCUCUACACCCCGACAAGGUCAAACAGCAGCUCACCGCCGAGCGCGCCCGACAAGCCAGCAAGUCUGGUAAAGGAGGAGCCAAAGGAAAGAAGCCUGGCGUGAAAGUAACGAAGCCCCCCACCCCGUCCGAAAUCAAAGCCGCAGUCAAGCUAGCCGGUGACCGGCAGGCACGCCUCUCUAUCAUCGCCAACAUCCUGCGAGGCAGCGGUCGUGCCCGGUAUGACCACUUCAUCGCGAACGGGUUCCCCACGUGGAAGGGAACGGAGUACUACUACAGCCGGUACCGGCCUGGUCUCGGCACCGUGCUCUUCGGUGUGCUACUUGUUGGUGGCGGCGGCUUCCACUACCUCGCCUUGUACAUGAGCUGGAAGCGACAGCGCGAGUUCAUCGAGCGGUAUAUCAAGUUCGCACGACAGGCUGCUUGGGGUGAUAAUUUGGGAAUUCCGGGCGUGGACGCUGCACCGGUCGCCACACCAACUCCUCCACCUCCUGUCGAUGAUGAGCAAGGACCCCCAAUGGCGAUGAAUCGUAAGCAACGACGCAUGCAGGAACGGGAGACCCGCAAAGAAUCCGCCAAGGAAGGCAGACGUCAACCCCGUGGUAGAACCCGCCCUGGACAGCAAGCUAGCGGAAGUGCGACACCCGUGCCGCAGAAUUCAGGAUCCGGACCGAGUGGUGCGAAGAAGCGUGUCGUGGCUGAGAACGGCAAAAUCUUAGUUGUGGACUCGCUUGGUGAUGUGUACCUCGAGCAGGCAGACGCCGAUGGAAAUGUGGAGGAAUUCCUUCUUGACCUCAACGAAUUUCCCAAGCCUACGAUCCGUGAUACCGCACUCUUCAAGCUUCCUCAGUGGGCCUACGCCGCGACUAUCGGCAAGGUACUCUCCCCUAAAUCUGCCGACAAUCUAGACGAACAGACAGACUCGGACCUAGAGCUAGAAGUUCACGAAACCGAAGCCCCUAUCGACGACGAUUCGUCAUCCUCUUCCCCAGCCCAACGAACGCCGUCCACCGACUCCGCCGAGGACUUCGAGCUGCUGGAGAAAAGUGUCGAAGAUCUCCCUAGCAGCAAGCCAAAAACGUCGGGGAGCCAGGCGCAGCAGCAGAAGAUCAAGAAGAGGAACAAGAAGAGGUAGGACCUCAACAUCUUGGUCCAAGGGGAAAGGGGUAAAAUAGACGAGGUAGGGGAGUCUUGGGUGUUUUUGACUCCUUGGUAGGUUUAGGAACGUAGCGUGACGUCUCCUCUCUCACCAAUGGGGGCUCUGUGGUUUUGUAGUUAGCUGAUUAGAAAUAUAACGAAUUCGUUUAA